AUGUUUAGGAUUGCUAAGAAUCUGGUCAAGACUUUCGAACAGAGUGUGUCUUCCUUAUCCGGGGAUUCUAAUCAAUUGGAUGCGUUUUUCCAAUCGAUUCCCCCAAAUCUAAUUAUACCACAACUAAGCCAACAGAAUCAACAAGACUUCAAUGAUGUGGUUUCUGGACUAAGAAUCCUAUGGUGUGACGAGUUUCAAUUGCAACUACAGUCCUUUUUCGACUAUAUCGUAGGGAUAAAUGACGAUCCAUUGCCCCUCGUUCAAAAUCAAUACGGCUUCACUUAUCCUGACUAUAAUGCCAUCUUCCAGAUUUUAAACGAUAGCCUCAACUCGACGGUCAAAUUAAGCAUUUGGUCCGCCAAAGGUGGUGUCUUUAGAGACGUCUAUUUGCAAGUUCCCACAAAAAAUGUCAACCAAUUAGAAGAUGUCUCAUUGUCAACAAUAAAUGACAACGGUAAUCAAAAUCAUACUGCUAAAUUAUUUUCCGAUCUGGGUUUUAAAGUUCAAUGGACACCUCUGAUUGCAUCGACUUUCACAUAUCACGUUCUCCAAUUGAACAUCCCAGACGGUCCAGCACAACAAGCUGGAUUAAUUGCUGAUGAGGAUUAUAUCAUUGGAUGUCAGGAUGGUCUCUUGGCCACCGGUGGAGAGACCCUGCUGCAAGAUAUAGUAAGAUCGAGGGCUAACCACGACCUCGUUCUAUACGUCUAUAACAAAACGUGUGACUGUGUAAGGCCCAUUACAGUCCGCAUUGGACCAGAUGGCAGAUUAGGUUGCGGUGUUGGUUACGGAUUUUUACAUAGAAUACCAACCGUGAAACAAACUGAACUGUCAAAUGAGCAAGAACAACCUCAGAUGCCAAUUCUACCACCACAGUCUAGUGACACAUUUGUCCCACAGGUGGCUCUACCGGUAGCAUCCUCUUCUCAUAAGAAGAAGAAGCCUGUUACCAGUGCGAAUAACGCGAUGUCAGCUUAUUUUGAUGAAGGUAAAGACCAAUCACCAAAACCUAAAAGUACUUCCCAUACACCUUCGCCGGUGGCACCUCCACCAAAGAAAUCUCAUGACUGA